AUGGCAUCAACUGCCAACGCAAUACCCGCAUCAGAGCUGCCAAAAAGGCUGCUACCAACAACCGUACGCCAGCCACUAUCCUCACUACUAUACCCAAAGAUUGCAACAGCAUCAUCAUCACAUGAGGUCCCGCUUCAGUCGCCAACAGUCCCCCACUCAGGCAAGCGGCUACCAUCCCCAUCUAAAUCCCCAUCAAUCACGCAUCCAGAAUGGCCGCUAUCAACUACUGCACCAAGAUUUAUACCAGUCUUUGUCUUGUUCCCCACUCCAGAGCUGAUGUCACCAUUAUCAACGACAUCACCGUUUCCAACAAAUCUGCUACCUCGUCCCCAACCUGUGCAAACCGGAAGUUGCAUAUCUCGCCUCUUUAUGCGCGCACCUGCUCACCCAUACGAUGUGGAACUUGGUACGUUUCCGCAGCGCCGUAUACGGGAGGCUCGCGUCAUGAAUAUGGGAGACGAGCAGAGGAGGAGGGAUGCAAGGGUGAUUAGUAUCAAGAUUGCAGGAGCGAUGCUGGUAAUUAUCGGGUUUUGGGUAUUGGUGGGCCUGGAGGUCUGGAGGAGACAAAGAGGUGAAGGUUACGAUGGGAUCGAAGGUAGGGAAAGACGGUCGUAG